GUUGUGUUUUUGUUGUUGUUUUGCAUUUGCUUUUCAUGUUUUCUGUGUGUUUGUGGUUUGCUUCAAAGCGAUUUGCGUAAAUUGUGUUUGUUUUCCUAUUCGGUGGCUAAAAAUAGAAAAAGUGUGCGCUCAUUUCAGUCGCCCGUGUGACGGGCCCCCAGGCGAAAGUCCGGUACCCCAAAAUACGAGGAAAUAGAGCAAGUGGUAAUGGAGAAGCGUCGCAUUCCCAUGGCCACCAGUUCGUCGUCCAAGGCGGCCAAGAGUCCUGUGGCCCCGCAGAUCAAGCGUGGCCAGCGGAUCCUCACCGAGAAGCCCUUUGCCUUUGUAUUAAAGUCCAAGUAUCGCCUGGAGCGAUGCGACAACUGCCUGGAGGCGACCAAGGUCCUCAAGUGCUCCAACUGCCGCUACGUGUCUUACUGCAAUCGUGCCUGCCAGUCGCAGGCCUGGGGCCAGCACAAGCACGAGUGUCCAUUUCUAAAGAAGGUCCAUCCCCGCAUUGUGCCCGAUGCGGCUCGCAUGCUGUGUCGCCUGAUCCUGCGUCUGGAGCAUGGCGGCGACCUUAUACGGGGCUACUACACGGAGCAUGGCUCUCGCAAGUUCCGGGAUUUGAUGUCGCAUUAUGCCGAGAUUAAGAAUGAUCCCAUGCGGCUGGAGCACUUGGACUCGCUGCACGCCGUUCUCGAGGACAUGAUGGCCGAGAGUCCCAGCACGGUGCCAAACAAGACGGAACUGAUGAGCAUCUAUGGUCGACUUAUCACCAACGGGUUCAAUGUGUUGGAUGCCGAGAUGAACUCCAUUGCCACGGCCAUUUACUUGGGCGUCUCCAUCACGGAUCAUAGCUGCCAGCCGAAUGCGGUGGCCACCUUCGAGGGCAGCGAGCUGCAUGUCCAUGCAAUUGAGGAUAUGGAAUGCCUGGACUGGUCCAAGAUCUUCAUCAGCUACAUUGACCUGCUCAACACCCCCGAGCAGCGGCGGCAGGACCUCAAGGAUCACUACUAUUUCCUCUGCGUGUGCACCAAGUGCACGGAUGCCCAGGAGUCCCGCGAAAUGACGGCGGCCCUAUGCCCGAAUCGCAACUGUGGUGUGGGCAUAAAUGUGGAGCGCACCAACUGCCCCCGCUGCGAUGCUGGAAUCAGUCCCAAGCUCAGGAAUGCCUAUAAGGAGGCGAUGGCCCUCACCCGGCACAAUCUGGAGUCCAUGAAGGAUGUGGCCUACUUUGAUGUGUGCAAGGUGUGCCUGAAUAAGCAGACGGGCGUGCUCCAUCCCCUGAAUGUGUGGCACGUCAAGACCUUGGACGCCGCCUUUGAGGCUGCCAUCGAUGUGGGCAAGUGGACGGAUGCCUUGGACUAUGGCCAGCGUUUGCUUCCGGGCUUCCGGAAGUAUCAUGGCGCCUGGAAUCCCCUGCUGGGCCUGCUCCACAUGAAGUUGGGCAAAAUCCAGCUGUUUGAACAGCACGCCAAGGAGGCCAGGCAUCAUCUGGAGGAGGCUCAGCGCAUCCUGACCGUCACCCAUGGCCGGGACCAUCGACUGCUGUCGGAGCAGCUGUAUCCGCUGCUCCUGCAAGCGCGACACGAGGCCAAUAACUAGCCGCUUGAUGUUUCUAUAAUGUAAUUUAUAAUCCCUAAAGAUGUAUACGAUGUGGGCCACUCUUUGCGGUAAACUUGUGUAUAUCCAUAUAUUUCUCGACUAAUAAAAGUAGUAAUAAUAUUUA